CCUCCGCUGCGGCCCCGGGCGAGAUGGCGGCUACCGAGGGGGUCGGGGAGGCUGCGCAGGGCAGCGAGCCCGGUCAGCCGGAGCAGCCACCGCCACAGCCGCACCCACCGCCGCCACAGCAGCAGCAGGAAGAAGAGAUGGCGGCUGAGGCCGGAGAAGCGGUGGCGUCGCCAAUGGACGGCGGCUUUCUGAGCCUGGACUCGCCCACCUAUGUGCUGUACAGGGACAGAGCAGAAUGGGCUGAUGUAGAUCCAGUGCCGCAGAAUGAUGGCCCCAAUCCAGUGGUCCAGAUCAUUUAUAGUGAAAAAUUUAGAGAUGUUUAUGAUUAUUUCCGGGCUGUUCUGCAGCGUGAUGAAAGAAGUGAACGGGCUUUUAUACUAACCCGAGAUGCUAUUGAGUUAAAUGCAGCCAAUUACACAGUGUGGCAUUUUCGGAGAGUUCUCUUAAAGUCACUUCAGAAGGAUCUACAUGAGGAAAUGAACUACAUCACUGCAAUAAUUGAGGAACAGCCCAAAAACUAUCAAGUUUGGCAUCAUAGGCGAGUUUUAGUGGAAUGGCUGAAAGAUCCAUCUCAGGAGCUUGAGUUUAUUGCUGAUAUCCUUAAUCAGGAUGCAAAGAAUUACCAUGCCUGGCAGCAUCGACAGUGGGUUAUUCAGGAAUUUAAACUUUGGGAUAAUGAAUUACAGUAUGUAGACCAACUUCUCAAGGAAGAUGUGAGAAAUAACUCUGUCUGGAACCAAAGAUACUUUGUAAUUUCUAACACCACUGGCUACAAUGAUCCUGUUUUAUUGGAGAGAGAAGUCCAAUACACUCUGGAAAUGAUCAAACUAGUACCCCACAAUGAAAGCGCAUGGAACUAUUUGAAAGGAAUUUUGCAGGAUCGUGGCCUUUCCAGAUAUCCCAAUCUGUUAAAUCAAUUACUUGAUUUACAACCAAGUCACAGUUCUCCCUACCUAAUUGCCUUUCUUGUGGAUAUCUAUGAAGACAUGCUAGAAAACCAAUGUGACAACAAGGAGGACAUUCUUAAUAAGGCAUUAGAGUUGUGCGAAAUCCUAGCUAAAGAAAAGGACACUAUAAGAAAGGAAUAUUGGAGAUAUAUCGGAAGAUCCCUUCAGAGCAAACACAGCACAGAAAGUGACCGACCAGCAAACACAAAGCAAUAACACCGUCCAGGAGAACUUGAUGGAAUGCCUUUAUUAUUUAAGGGACUCCAAUGAGGAGUUUAAAACUAGAGCGAUCAUUCCCUUUGCUUGUAUUGGGAAUAAAAAAAAUAAAAUUUUAUUUAUUCCCUCUGCACAGUAAAAUGUGCACUGCACAGGUAUCGCUUUUUAACAAGAACUAGGUGCACUGCUCUUUGGGCGCUGCUGCUAUUCAGACUAGCUCUAAGUCAUUUGAUUCUUUCAAAGCAGAGUAAUAGGAGGGGAGGAUGUCCCAUAAAGGAACUUUUGUAGUCUUACCAGCCUUUAAUCUAAUCUCUUAGCAUCAGCUCCUCCCUAAACAACGGUGUACGUGUCAGGGUUUGCAGCAGUAAUAACUGCAGGUAACUUGUAUGUGAUGAAUACGCGGUAACUUAAAUGUAGGUUCAGUAAGCAGGGAAUGCACUCGUCACACGAGAGCUGCUACGCAGCACUGACAGUAUCUUGCUAUCAUUAUAACCAACUAAUGCCAAAAGAAUGGUUUUGUAAUAAAAGUAUAGCUGUAUCUAAAAACA